CUCAAACAAGGCGUAGCGCUUCUCGAUGGUUUGUAGAUCUGUUUUCCCCGAAUCGUUGUUCCUCAUGUGACUUUGUUGAAAAACAAGCAGCUUUGUUCAGCUUUUGUCUUGCCGGGAGAAACUUUAUAUUUAUUCGCUUGAUUAAAAUUAAGAAGCUCAGCAUGGCUCAGUGACAGCGACCCACCGACCGAACCAGUCCGGCCCAGACGCCUGCCAUGCCGCUGCCCAAUGGCCACUCCAUCAACACCGACGAGAGCGGAGACACCGAGGUUCUCCUGGGGAAGGACGCCGUUCCCCCUCGGUGCUGCUCGGCCCGUCUCAGCCUCGCCGUCCUCCUGUUCCUGGGGAUCUCCGUGGUCUACGGUCUCCGUGUCAACCUCAGCGUCGCCAUGGUGGCCAUGGUGAACGUCACGGACCCGGCCGGAACCAGGAACACCACGGCGGAGCCGGCGUGUCCGCUGCCGUCGGGACCAGAAAACGGCAGCAGCGCCCUGCAGCAUCCGGACGGGACACCCCAGUAUCCCUGGGACUCAAAGACUCAGGGCUGGCUGCUGGGCGCCUUCUUCUUCGGGUACCUGUGCACUCAGAUCCCAGGCGGCUACCUGGCCGGUCACUACGGGGGGAAGAUCUUCAUGGGUAUGGGCGUGUUAGGCACGGCGGUCCUCACCGUCCUCACGCCGCUGGCUGCUGGGUGGGGGUCACGCUGGCUGUUUGCCCUGCGGGCCCUGGAGGGCUUCGGUGAGGGCGUGACGUUCCCAGCCAUGAUGGCGAUGUGGACCCGGUGGGCGCCGCCCCUCGAGCGCUCCUUCCUGAUCUCCCUGUCGGGUUCUGGGGGAAGCUUCGGCGCCUGCCUGGCGCUGCCGCUCACCGGUUACAUCUGUGAACAACUGGGCUGGCCCGCUGUGUUCUACCUCUGCGGAGGCGCCGGGUGCCUCUGGUUCAUUUUCUGGUGCAUUCUCGUGUCCGACGACCCUCGAACUCACCGUCGGAUCAGCGAACAGGAGAGAGAUUACAUCAUAAACUCUAUUGGAGCUCAGGGCAAAGGUCACGGCUGGUCGCUGCCUCUUGUGUCCAUGGGGCUUUCCGUCCCGCUGUGGACCAUCAUCGUCACCCAGAUGUGCUCCAACUGGUCCUUCUACACGCUGCUCACCUCCCUGCCCACCUACAUGAACGACAUCCUGCACUUUGACCUGCAGUCUAACGGCUUCCUGUCGGCGCUGCCGUACUUCUGCAGCGUUCCGGUCUCACUGCUGUCCGGCGUGGCUGCUGAUUGGCUCAUCAUGAGGCAGGUGUUCAGCAUCACCAACGUGCGCAAGAUCUUCACCUUCACAGGCCUGGUGCUGCCGGCGCUCUUCCUCAUCGCCGUCUGCUACGCCGGAUGCAGCCACGUCCUCACCGUCACCUUCCUCACGCUCUCCACCAGCCUAGGAGGGAGCAGCUCCGCCGGAGUCUACGUCAACCAGAUCGACAUCGCUCCCCGGUACGCCGGGUUCCUCCUGGGAAUCACCAACACGUUCGGGACGAUCCCGGGUGUGGUGGCGCCGAUCGUGACGGGAUACUUUACAGAAGAUCACACCAUAGCAGGCUGGAGGAAGGUGUUCUGGGUCGCCGCUGGGAUCAACAUCGGCGGCGCCGUCAUCUACACGAUAUUUGGCAACGGGAAGAUCCAGGCGUGGGCCGUCGAGGAGGAAAACGGUGAAGAGGAGGAAGAGGAGAGGGCAAGUUGAAGAAAAACCAAAGAGAAGCAGCGAAGCUCAACCUGGUGAAGGAUUCAGGGCAAUUAAUCCACAGACUGACCUCAGCGUACAGUUUUCACAUCUUUUGCAACAUUUUCUUCUUGUUGGAAGUUUACAUCGCUUUAAAAACUCUUUAAUUCAUCUCUGAUUUCUUACUUUUUUGCCUUCUAGUGAUUCAGAUUUUCCUGUGGUCAUUGGAGGGGGUCUUGCUCAGUAUUUUGACUUUGGCUGAUUUUUCACUCCGUAUCAGUCGAGUUUUGGUUGCUAAGCCUCGUAGCUUCGACAUGUGAAUCAUUCAGGAGUAAAAAUGGAUGAAUCAGCACGACCAUGACGCACAACAGACUAUUUAGCAAGUACAAGUUAAACCGUGUUGCUGUGCUCAGAGUGGAAAUCGGCUAACUUUCGUCCUUCAGUCAACCCAGAAAAACCCCAGAAAUUCAACAGAAAAUAGGAUUUUAGGUGAUUUCAAACUACGGGCAACAAUAUCGGGAAAAGCUUUGAAUAAUUUGGUCCUGAAUAAUACUUUAAAUUAUAAUAAAUCAGAGUUAAUCCAGUUUAUUGUAUAAACUGUGAAACUUAAGAUGAUUCAUGGCUUCAGUCUGGCGUCAGAUUUCCUGGAUUGUUCUUCAAACUGUUGUUGUCCAGUUUCUUAUUUAAAAUCUGGGAUGAUAUUUGAUAUUAAUGUUGCUGUUCUGCAUCAGAGUCAGUUGCUGUGUUUCCAUUGCAAAUAUGCACAAAACUUUGUUUAUAUUCUGCUAAUGUUGAAAAAGCACAAAUUUUUUAAUUCUGGUGUUUUGAUUCUGUAAGAAACACAAUUAAAAUCACACGUGAAUAAUUUUAUUAUUACCUGAGAUGUAUUAAUAUCUCAGGCGUCAUUGAGGAGUUGGAGAGAUAAACCUCGGAUAUUUGGAAGCGGCUUCAUUUAUCUGUAGCAUUUUGGUAAAACUGCAGGCAUCGACUUUACAGAAAAACAAACUAUGGAUUUAACCAUUCCAAAUUUUGCAGGAUGAUAAAUUGUUCCAGAAGUUAUUGUGAUAUUGUUUUAAGACCAUUUUUAAGUAAUAUAAUGGUAAUAAUGAAGGAACACAUUCUUAAAUAUCAAUAAGCUUUAAAAUCUGAUGAACAUUUGACACUGGAACUCGUUAAAUAUCCAAAAUAAAUAAAUAAAACACCAGAAACAACAAAUAAACUGAACUAUAAAGUCUCUGUAAACAAAACUGUCCUUCAAAAAAAGUUCCAGUUGAGUUUGAUUAGUGUUUUAAGGCUAUUAUCAGAAAUAUUGUUUUUAUUUUUUUUGUUUGUUUUUUAUUUUUUAGAAGUUUAUCUUCAGAUCUGAUUGGCUAAAAAGUGAUAAAAAAAAAAAAAACCUUUGUAUAUUUAAAUACUCGUUUCACAUCAAAUUUUUUAUUAUCUUAUUUAGUUUCUCCUGUUUUCCAGAGGAAAAUAUCUCUCUCAUCCCGGUUUAAUUUAUUUUAAAUUAUUAUUAAAAUUCGAGGUAAUGUCCCACAGCGCCUCCUAGAGGUUUACAGUGAAGUAACAGUCUGUUUUUACCACUGUUGACUCCACAGACACAACAGCAACGAUUAUGUUAAAACAUGUUGCCAAAUAAAAAUCCAGUUGCACUUAUAAGAUUUUUAAAAACGUCUGAAAAGAAUAAAACAUCUUAAUGUGAGGAAAUGCAGAUGCUGAGUGGAGUUGUGGUGAAAUCUGGCAGUAACCGGAUCGUCUGAACCGUCAGUCAAAUGGCUGCUGAACCGUUUCUGUCGGUUUGGUUUCAGACACACUGAAGCUGCAAAGAUCCUCCACUGGCUGCAGAUUUAAAGUUUAAUUAACCUCAAAAACGGUUCAGGAUUUAGUUUGUUUAGAUGCUGUUUGCUUAUUAUUAAGAGUUAAUGGUGAUUCAUUUUUAAAGCAUGUUGUUGUUUCUCUAAUUUAAUCCACAAUCUGUUUGUUACAUUGCUUUUGGUCUUGGUACGUUUUAUUUUUGUUUAGUUGUUUAACCCCAAACUGCACAUAAGCUGCUUAGAAACGUCUCAGUGUCACUGAGAACAAGACGAAGUUUUCAGUCUUCAGUUUGACCAAAUGUGUGAAGUAAAAACUGGAUUUUAAAGAGUCGUUUAAAACUGAGUGAAACUCCUCAGACGGGACCAGAUGAAGCACUUUCACCAGGCGCCUCAUGUUUGAGCAGCAGCAGCACUUAAACUGGAGGCACUUUUCACUUCAACAUUUUAAUAACAGGAUAAAUGUAAUGUGUUUUUUACAUUACAAAUCCAAAUGUUUUGUUUUUAUAAGAUAAAAAUAUCAUAAUCUCUGCAAAUGGCUGCAGAGAAAUAAGUUGCACGUUGAUGUUUAUAAAUGGGUGUAAAAUGUACUUCGGUGAUUUGAAAAAAAUAUGUAAAAUGUAUUUAGUUUUUUUAAAAGAUGGGAUUAAAAGAAGGAUUAAAAUUGCUGAGGAUCUGCAGAAA